UGGGCAGCCUCCUGGUGUCCCAGGAUAGAAAAAAGACUCACAUUUCUUUGCACCAUUGACCCCAUCACCGCAGCACCAGAGCAUCUGACAUCUGCAAAACAUCAUUAGAGGCUGAUCCAGCUGCCCAGCUGCCCACCUCAGCAUUGGGAAUGGAAGGCGACGUGAUUGAUGAGGCUCUGGACAUAUCCAACAGCUUAGAGAUGCCCACACAUGCCAGCCAGCGCCCAGCCUUGGUAAGUGCAUCCACUUAUCACCUGGUCCUGGCAGCAGAUACGGAGCAGCCAACCGCAUGUCACUGGUAGAGACAUCGAGCCAGGCACUGGGAGUGCAAUGACAGUUUGCACCAGGAAGGUUUGCACCGGGACGGUUUGCACCAGGAAGGCAGGGGCAGCAGAAUCACAAUUCCCUGAGCGCCAGUUGCAUACUGGGCACUGUGUACCCAUCCUCGCCUUUAACUCACACAAGCUUGUUCUUAUUCUCCCCCAUUGCUGAUGAGACCCAGGGCCUAAGUUAAGCAACUUGCCCAAAGUCUGGCACGCUUAGGAGGAGGCACACCAGACUUUUGACUCUAAGUCUGCCUACUCCCAGACCUAUGCGCUUUCUAGAAAGUAGACACCUGCCCAGAUAACACCACUUCUGUCCCUUGGGGAGGCCCCACCCCAUUUCAGCUGGACUCAGAGCUGGGCAAAUUCAGACCUAGAGUGGAUUUCAACUCUGCCACCUGCCAAAGGCUGGACCCCAACAUGCCAUGUGUUCCUCCAGUGGGCAUCCUGGGGUUCCCUGGCUCCAUGCUUAGGAGGCUGGGCCCUCCACCUGACUUCUUCCAAACCCUCCCCAAAAGCCAGCUCCUGCAGAGCCAAGAGCCAUGAGCUGAUCCUCCAAAAACCAGACCCACAAGAGAAGAGGCCAGGAGGGAGCCGCCAGCUCUCGGUGAACACAGUCACAGGGCCUUGAUGUUAAAAGACAAGGCUCAGGGGUCAGGAUGUCCAGGUCUCAUCCCCAGUCUGCCUCUUGCUAGUCACUUGACCUCCCACAGCCUCAGUCUCCCCAACUGUAAGAUGAUGACGACACCCUGUAGCUCCUUAGUAAAGGAAUAAUAAAAUGACAGCUCAGCGUCUGUAUUUUAAUACCUGUGUUAUUAUAUAAUCAUUUUGUGAUGCAGCCACCUCUGGCACAGAAAAAGUCACUCUGUGCCUAUUUAAGGAUUAAUCCCCUUAAGCAUUCCUGGAAAUGAGAGCCCCUCUGUGCCAGGCUGCCCUUCCAGGCUCUUCUAUCCUUCCCUUGGCCUUUGGCCCUUGGAAGCCUGAAUAUUUCUCCCACCAGGACCUCAGACUAUCUUUAGGGAACCCCCAGGCCAGUCAUUCCCACUGUAUCCCCUGAGGCUCUUGGCCUCUUUCCUUCCUUGUCUUCCUCCUCCUUUUUUUCCCCCUCCUUCCUCUCCUCCUCAGUUUGGGCUUCCCAUGUCCAAGAAGCCUCAGGAUGAGCUUUGGGAACAAGGUUUUACCUGUGUUUCCAACUCUGCUCUGAGCCUCUGAGCUCUGUAGUGGAGGCGAGGAAAGGGAGAAGGGAGGGAAAGUGGAAGCAUCAAAAAGGACACUGGGCUGUCAUUGCAGCUCUGCCGCCAGCCAGCAGUCACCCUGGGCACAUCCUGGUGCCUGAGCGCUAAUUUCCUCACCUGUGAAAUGGGAACAGCAGGCCCUGCCUACAUCCUGGGGUGGUUUAAGGAAUCAAUGAGAUGACAGCUGUGAAUGUUCUUGGCACAGUACAACGUAUGCCAUGUGUUCCUCCAGUGUUUUCAAAGGCCGGUAGUGCCCGCCACCAGCCAGUUCAGAACUCAGUACAAAACAUGAAUUUCUCAUCGCUUCUCACCAUGAGUCUUGUCUUUCCAAAGGAAGGGAGAAGGGAAAGCCGACUCAGCCCCUCUUAUCUGUCAUGGUCUGUGCUGGAUGGGGCUUUGCCACAAUGCUGUGCAGUUGGAAACAGCCUCACUCCAUAGAUGAGGAAACUGAGGCUCAAAGAGGUCAAAUAGCCUGCCAUAACUGUGCAUCUGGAAGCCCUAGAGCAAGGUUUCGCCUCUCUUUACUCUGCUCCCCAUCACUCUGCAAGGGUUACAGUGGGAGAACAAGAGCGGCUUGGAGCCCCUUAUUCAGACUCAACAAAGGCACCCAGCUAAGAAGCUAAGUGUCUUUCACGUCAGUGGAAACCAGAGGGUAAACAGGAUUCAAUUCAUGCCCAGGGCUUUCCGGGAACACACCUGUCCAAGCAGCAGCAGUUCCCAACAGAGCUCUGGUCUGGAAAGCCAGACAACCAGGGCUGGGCCCUCUGGGAUUUGUUUAGUGAUCUGACCAUGUGGGAGGCCUAGAGUAGGAGUGUGGUGGGGGGAGGGUGCGGCCCAGCCUCAUUGCAUCACUCACCGCCCAGACCUUCCCCUCACCCGCUCCUGACCAGGCCCUGUCCAGGUUCUCAGCCACCCUGCCGCGGUGGGUCCUUCAGACUACUCACUGACCAAGUGAAGGACUGACCCGAGGUUCGAGUGCUGUGUUGUAUGUGACCUGAGAAUAUGUGUGCACAGACUGUGCCCCCGUGUCCUUGCACAGUUGAGCGUCUACAUGUCCUGCCCGUGUGUAGGCGGCCUGUCCCUACACGCUAGGAGAGUGACUCCAUGUCCUGCUAGAUGGGGGAGGAGAGAGGGACCUGUGCCCAGGGUCCCCUGGUCACUUCUAUGGGCGCAUGUUUGUGUGUCUUGUUAGGGGUGCUUGGGGGUGUGGAAGCCUGUGUCCUGGGUGCCCUUGACCUGUGUGUGCGCUCCAUGAGGUGUGCGCGCGUGUGCACUGGGGUGCACUGUGUCCCAGCACCCUCGACCACCUCUAUGGGCGCACGCAGACGUUUGUAUGUGUGUCCUACGGUGUGAGAGAGCGGAUGCUUCCACCACGUAUCUCUGCACACGCGUGUGUGCACUUGCACACCUGCGUGCGUCCCGAGAGAGCGAGCAGAGCCCGGCGUGGGCUGGCAGGCGCGGGAACGUGUGGGUGCGCGUCCUGCGGGUCCCUGCCCGGCUGGCUCCCCGCUUGUACCGCGGCCGUGCAUGAGCGGAAGGCGCCCGGCGGCCCUGCCCGGCCGCGAGUGUGCGCGCGCGGGGUCCCGGGCCGGCGUGCGCGCCGGUGUGAGUGCGAGUGAGUGUGGCGCCGCGCGGCUCCCUCCGCUCCGCGCCGCCCGCGCAGUCCGCACACUCGCCCUGCUUGGCUGCCGCCGGGUGACGCGGGCUGGGCCCGCCCCCUGCCUGCCGGCCCCUGGCGCUCACUCGAGCCGUCCGCAGCGGAGCGGGCAGCAGCCAAGUCAGGGCCGUCCGGGGGCGCGGCCGGCGAUGCCUGCAGCCCCCGCCGCGCCCCGCCGGGCCUGCUGAGCCGCCCCCGGGCCGGGGUCGCGCCGGGCCGGGCCGCGCCCGGGGCGGGGCGGCGCUGCCUGCAUGACCCUCCCGCGGCGCGGGGAGAAGGCGACCAUCAGCAUCCAGGAGCAUAUGGCCAUCGACGUGUGCCCCGGCCCCAUCCGUCCCAUCAAGCAGAUCUCCGACUACUUCCCCCGCUUCCCGCGGGGCCUGCCCCCGGACGCCGGGCCCCGCGCCGCUGCGCCCCCGGACGCCUCCGCGCGCCCGGCCGCGGCCAGUGCCGGCCGCCGCAGCCCCUCCGACGGCGCCCGCGAGGACGACGAGGAUGUGGACCAGCUCUUCGGAGCCUACGGCUCCAGCCCCGGCCCCAGCCCGGGUCCCAGCCCCGCGCGGCCGCCCGCCAAGCCGCCGGAGGACGAGCCGGACGCCGACGGCUACGAGUCGGACGAUUGCACCGCCCUGGGCACGCUGGACUUCAGCCUGCUGUACGACCAGGAGAACAACGCCCUCCACUGCACCAUCACCAAGGCCAAGGGCCUGAAGCCGAUGGACCACAAUGGGCUGGCAGACCCCUACGUCAAGCUGCACCUGCUGCCAGGAGCCAGUAAGGCAAAUAAGCUCAGAACAAAAACUCUCCGCAACACUCUGAACCCCACGUGGAACGAGACCCUCACUUACUACGGGAUCACAGACGAAGACAUGAUCCGCAAAACGCUGCGCAUCUCUGUGUGCGACGAGGACAAAUUCCGGCACAAUGAGUUCAUCGGGGAGACACGCGUGCCCCUGAAGAAGCUGAAAGCCAACCACACCAAGACCUUCAGUAUCUGCCUGGAGAAGCAGCUGCCGGUGGACAAGACCGAAGACAAGUCCCUGGAGGAGCGGGGCCGCAUCCUCAUCUCCCUCAAGUACAGCUCGCAGAAGCAGGGCCUGCUGGUGGGCAUCGUGCGGUGCGCACACCUGGCCGCCAUGGAUGCCAACGGCUACUCGGACCCUUACGUGAAAACAUACCUGAGGCCAGAUGUGGACAAGAAAUCCAAACAUAAGACAGCGGUGAAGAAAAAAACCCUGAACCCGGAGUUUAACGAGGAGUUCUGUUAUGAGAUUAAGCAUGGGGACCUGGCCAAGAAGUCCCUGGAGGUCACCGUUUGGGAUUACGACAUUGGAAAAUCCAACGAUUUUAUUGGUGGCGUGGUUCUGGGCAUCAACGCCAAGGGGGAGCGCCUGAAGCACUGGUUUGACUGCCUGAAGAACAAGGACAAGCGCAUCGAGCGCUGGCACACACUCACCAGCGAGCUCCCGGGGGCCGUGCUCAGCGACUGACGCCCGCCUGCCACUGCCACCCCCACCACCACCUGCGCCCAGCACGGCCGGCCCAGGCUUCCCCAGCAGCCACCAAGGCCUGUGGCCCCCACAUUGGGGGAGAUCCAGAACCCCUGCUUGGACCCAGAGCCACUGCAGUCCCUGCUCGGAGGACGUGGAGGGCUCAGCCACUCUGGGACGGGAAGGGCAGGGAGCUGGGGGUGCUCUCAGCCGUCUGGGGCCCAAGAGGCCGGUGGUGGAAGGAGACCUCAGCACCUGCCCAGGGGAAGGGGACAGGACCAUCUGGGAGCAAAGACCUUCUGGAGGCCAGCCCAGGCUGAGAGGACAGGAGUGUGGGGGCACCCUGGGGGACAGUGGAAACAGAGGAGGGAGGUGGUGAGCAGACAGACAGGUGGAGGACAGGACCUUGAAGACCGACUGCUCCAGCCCAAGAAAGGCUGACCGCAUCCCUCAUCUCCAUCGCUGCUGGGCCGAUGGAAGAAGCGGGCCUGCCGGCCGAAAGUCUGCAGAGUUCCCGGAGGCUCCUGAUGAGGGUAAAUUGGCACAGGCUUCACUCAAUGAUUCCACAAGCCCUGCGGGUGGGUGAGACACAGGGCCUGCCCUCAGGGAGUUCCCGUCUAGUCAGGGAGCUGGGAACAAACCACUCCAACUGGGGCGAGAAAUACCGAGACCAGCCUGGCCAGUCUGCAAAUACCAUGGGUUCUGCUGACUGCUGGGAGGUCAGGGAAGGCUUCCUGGAGGAAGUGGUGCUUCUGUAAGGCCUUGGAGGGUGAGUGGGGAGUUCUAGGUCUAAAAAGGCCUGGAGGAGAGAGAAGGCCAAUGGGGCUGGGAACUGUGGACCCAGGGUCUCCUCUCCCAGGCAGGUUUGUUAGGAAGGUGUGAGGCUCGAGGCAGGAGGUGGGGGAAGUGAUGGAAGCACCAGGAGAAACUGGUGCUGGUGCGGGGCCAAGUUCAGACCUCAGACCCAAGUCUCCCACUUUGAUCUCUUUCCACUCCUGAGGGACCUCGAGGACGGAGCCCGCCGCUCCUCCUUCCCGGCGUAAGCAUCAGGUCAACUGCAGUGGAGAAAGGGGUCCCUUGUGCUUGGAGAAAAAUCGAGCCGAGCAUUCCUAUACGUCAUCACUCUGCCCUUUCCCUUCCCCUUCACUUCCUGUCUCACACUGAGUACUGGGGGCCUCCAGGUGCUUGCUCAUGGCGUCUUGGUCCUACCACCACCACAGAUGUCCCUUCUGGGACUAAUCAGUGACAGUCCAGGGCCUUGUCUCUGGGGAGGCCUGUGGGGCUGGCUCCACCCUCCAGGAGCUGAGCAGGAACCGCCCUGCCUGGUGGGCCUGUCUGCUUCCCUGAGUUAGGCUCUCCAGGAGGCUUGAGAGUAUCUGAGUCUUGGGGCCCAUGCCUGAAGCCCACAAACUUUCCCUGCCUACCAAGGGGCCCCCAGGAACACUGGGUGAACAAAUGCAGAGCCAAGGCGUUGCACAGCCAGAGUCCUUUUGCUCAGCCCAUCAGUGUGUGAUGGAAACAGAGGCCCAGAGAGGUUACGUGACCUGCUCAGGGCCUUCCAGCCCCCACAGAGCUGGAACCAGGAUCCACAGCCCCCAGCCCGGAGUGCUGGACCCCACACUCAGGGGAAUUGCUGUGCUGAGCUCACAUGAGAGAGGUCCUGCUAGCUGCCAGCCUGGGGCUCACCCGCCUGCUGCCCACCCCUUCAACACCGGUAGAGGGACUGACAGGCACGAUGGUGGGAACUUCCACUGCAGACACCAAGCACACCACAACCUGAGGUGCAGGGUCAUGAUUUGAAUCCCACCAAGUGCCCAUCAUGCCUUUCCCAGGUUGCAGGGAAAACAGGACCCCAGCCCCACACGGUCCCUGGCCACCUCGUGGAGCCUUGUCUCCCCCUUUAGGAAGGGUUUUGUGUGUGAAGGCUUUUGCAUGCACUUGUCUGGACGCAUCUUCACAGCCCUGUGAGGUGGGUUUGAUUCUCAUCCCCAUCUUGCAGGUGAAACAUGUUCCCCGAGUCCGAGUAGUUUGUCAAGGCCACAGAGCCAGGAAGGGGUGAGCCAGGACUCAAAGCCAGGUCUUAUGACUGCCACUUUCUCUCUCUGGGGGUCGGUACCCCCAGUCCCUUCCCUCCUGGUCUGUCAGAGACUCAGUGGAGACCCCAGGUGUAGGCUCAGCAAGCUCGGUGCAUGAGGGAGACCUGGGGUCUUGCCACUGUCCUGCCUCCUCGUCCACUGGCUUUGAAACCGUCUGUGCUACUUCAGGCUUCCCAGAGGUGCCUAACCCGGCCCCAAAAUUCAGCCUAGCCUCUGGGGGCUGAGGCAAAGGCCCCUCUUUUCUCCACACAGAAUGGGCAUCCUCUGGGGGUCUAAGGUAAGAGGUGGUCUAUUUCUGAAAGGCCUGGUGUCUAUGUAAGUUCUGGGCAUCGUCUUAGCGUUGCUUUUUGUGUCGGUCUCAUUCAGAGCGGAGACUUGACCGCCUCUCUGAAGACACAGAAGUGAAUGGCAAAGCUAGAAGAGGCUGCACCCUCCACCUAGAUGACUUCCUUAUAGGCACAUGGGGAACUUGGGGCCUGCAGGGGCACAGCUGGGACAAGAACCCAGAACUCCAGCCCCCAAGUCCAGGGCCCUCUACUGCCCAGGCUGCACAAAUGGGGCUGGGCCUGAAAGAUGGGGACAGUCAGGCUGGGAGGCGGGCUCACUGGCCAUCACGGGGGCAGCACGGGCACUCGGGCAGGAACCCCCCAGGAAAUUCGGAAACCAACCUUCCCCAGGAUCCCAGCACCUUUCUAGAUCCCGUGCAGAUUGUCUUUCUGUUAAAGCGCUUUGAGGCCGGGCGGGAUGGCUCAUGCCUGUAAUCCCAGCACUUUGGGAGUUCGAGGCGGGAGGAUCACCUGAGGUCGGGAGUUCGAAACCUGCCUGGCCAACAUGGCGAAACCCCGUCUCUACUAAAAAUACAAAAAUUAGCCGGGUGUGGUGGCUCACGCCUGUAGUCCCAGCUACUCAGGGAGGCUGAGGCAGGAGAGUUGCUUGAACCUGGGAGGUGGAGGUUUCAGUGAGACAAGAUCACAUCACUGCACCAGCCUGGGCGACAGAGCAAGACUCUGAGAGAAAAAAAAACCCCACAAAAAAAAUGCUUUGAGAAGCUGCAGAAGCGGCUCUGCCUUUGACCCCGAACGGGCAUCUUUGCUCGGGUCCAUCAGCCCCACAAAGACAGGAAAUCUGAUGCCAAAAAAAAGUCAUUCCAGAUGUCAGCAACCAGGCGCCACGUCCACCCCCCCCCCCCCCCCCCCCCCCCCCCGGCCCUAGCGAAUCCCCGACGGGCCCGUCUUCCAGCCCCGAAGCGGUCACCUCCUGACCUCUAGUGGCGAACCUGGGGAACUGCGCCCCGGCCCGCCCGCCCGCCCGCCGAGCCCAGGCCGUGCAUGCCCUGCCCGUUCUUCGCAAACCGAGUGAACCUCCCGAUGCAUGGACUCUGGCUGUGGUCGACGCAGGCUCUCGUGCGCUGCUUAACACCGUUUUGCUACCAUGUGACGGCUGCAGACACUGCCCUCAAACUGCAGCCCCACACACAAGUUUUGUACUUUGGUCUGACCUACCCGAAGGUGUCCUUUUUGAGUCUUAUUUGUUAAUAUUUAUAAUGACGUAUAAUCCAAAGUAAAUGGAAACAUCAUAUUGCGAUCUCA